ACUGCUGUUUCCUUCAACCAUCUCCCCACCACCAAUAUGACCAUAUGUGUGUCCUUUCUGUCCACAGCUGGUACCAUGGUUAUCUCUCGGGACCUGAUGCAGAGAAACUACUCCAGGAGAAGGGAGAACCAUGGACUUUCCUGGUCCGAGAGAGCCGCAGUAAACCUGGAGAUUUUGUCAUCUCUGUCCUUACCGCAGACACGAAAGACGGAAAGCCUCGAGUGACUCAUGUCAAGAUCAUAUGCGAGGGUGAAAGAUAUACUUUGGGAGAUGUCAAAUAUGACACGCUCACAGACUUGAUUGAGGCAUACAAAAAGAAGCACAUAGAAGAGGUAUCUGGGGCCCGGGUCUACCUCAAGAAGCCAUAUUACUCUACUAGAGUCAAUGCUGCUGACAUAGAGAACCGCAUGAAGGAAUUAGAUAAGAAGUCCGAAAAAGAGGUGGCAGCCAAGGCGGGAUUCUGGGAGGAGUUUGAUGCUCUCCAGAAACAGGAAUCUAACUUACUCUAUGAGAGAAAGGAGGGCCAGAGAUCAGAAAACAAGAGCAAAAACCGCUACAAGAAUAUCCUUCCAUUUGACCAUACGAGGGUUGUGCUACAGUGCCGAGAUCCAAAUGUUCCUGGUAGUGAUUACAUCAAUGCCAACUAUGUGUCGAACCUGCUUUGGGGAGCUGAGGAACCCCUCAAACAUUUUAUUGCUUGUCAAGGUUGCCUGGGCUCAACUGUAGGAGACUUCUGGGAGAUGAUAUGGCAGGAGAACAGUCGGAUUAUUGUGAUGACCACUAAGGAGAUUGAGAAGGGCCGGACUAAAUGUGUGCCGUACUGGCCGGAUGCAGACACAGAUGGAAAAGAGUUUGGACAUUUCUGGGUGGAAUUGGUGUCAGAACAUGAAGCCAUGGAGUACAAAGUUCGUACGUUACGAGUGUCACUUUUAGAAAAUCGCAACGAGACCAGAGACAUUAUCCACUAUCAGUACCUGAACUGGCCAGAUCAUGGGGUUCCAUCUGACCCAGGCGGAGUCCUGAGUUUCCUUGGAGAGGUCAACCGAAUGCAGGAGAGCAUACCAGGAGCUGGGCCUAUCAUUGUACACUGCAGUGCUGGAAUUGGCCGUACCGGAACCAUCAUCGUCAUUGACAUGUUGGUGGACAUCAUUCAAACAAAAGGUCUGGACUGUGAUAUAGAUGUGCAGAAAUCCAUUCAGAUGGUACGAUCCCAGCGCUCAGGAAUGGUCCAGACAGAGGCUCAGUAUAGGUUCAUCUAUUCCGCUAUUGCACAUUACAUCGACUCGGCAAAGCACAAACUGCAAGCGUUCGAGAAAACAAAGGCUGCAGAGUCAGAAUACGGGAACCUUGCGCCCGCCAUGACGAAGAUGAAAGUGUCACGAAGCCCAUCAAAGUAA